AUGGGCAAUAGCGCGGUCGCUUCCUUCGAUAUAGAUCAGGGUCCCCCACUUCAAAGUACAUUCAAUGAUGUGCUAGCUUGGGUGCAUUCUGAUUUCAACCUCCUCUCUCAGGAGUUUUUAACAAGACCAGAGAGAGAGGGGUUGAGAUUGGCUGCCCCUACUGUGCAGGCACUUCCUCUACCUCCACCCAAGGAGGCUAAAAGGGGAUCUUCUUCUGGGGCUCUUCCUUCUGUAGCCCCUGCCUAUGGAGAAGUGGCUGCUUUUAAGUGCCUACCUCUGGCAGGGGUGAAAAAGAAGAGGAAACAGAGGGAGAACCCUCGUCUUGCAGGGGUUGCAUCUCUUCCUAAUACAUUUCCUUUUCAGAAGCGCAGGGUUAAGCAGAGGCGUAACCCUGCCAUAACUAUUUCUUCCAGUUCUGCAUCUUCAGUGACUUAUACAACGGCAGUUGUGGCUGAGGUUCCCGCCACAUCAGUCCCUCCGCCAGUGGUGAAAGCGGCUGCCUUAGAGGUGGCCCCGGCGGCUCAAACCGUGGGCAGGCCCUCUUGGUGGAAGUUUUUGAUUCAGGGAAGGUUAUCUUCCCUGGUGAUGAAUUCGCCAACUUUGACUCCUUUGUCGAUGUUUCUAAUGAUGAGGGCAAAGGAUUUCUAUAUCCUGACUUGGCUAAUGCAGGUUCGUAGACUAUGCUUUUGGUUUGUAUUUUUUAUUUUAUGUUCUGAGUUAUUCUGGACUGACUUUUUCUUCUGUGUACAACUACGCAGUUCCAAUUGCAAGCUUUUCUUGAGUCAGGGGAUGUAAAAGUCCGGUUUAAAGUGAACUAAAUAAUUAUAUGUAAAUAUAAAUUCCGGGUCACACGUCGGACAUUUAAGUUAAACUGUAUAUAGGAUCGAUGACAUUCUAGUGAUAAAGAAAUAAUCAAAUAAAGAUAGCAGCAACAAUUCAGCGAAAGUCUUAAAGGUUACAACUUGAGAGCCUAAGGGCCUCUUCAAAACCAUAUUCUAGUUUAAAAUAAAAAACGCACUUGCUAAAAUAAAUAAUCAAGUUCAACGAAAAAAAAAUAUCAUAGAACGAGUACGACAGUCAGCUCAUUUACAGGUUCUAAUGUUGGAGUCCUCACACACUAUUCCCGCCUGCAAAUCGACCAGCUAGUUGUCGAAAGACAACAUCAUAGCAAGUUCAAAAAAACAUAAACCAACACACGUCAAAGAUUUCAUACAAUGCAUUAUACAGGUUACAUACAAACAAUGAGUUCAUCAUAACAUGCACAGGCUCUAACAUUUAAGAUGUCAUUAUUGUCUUUCCAAUUCCCAACUCAUGUCGUUGUCCGUCCAGCUUGGGUCGCCAGAGUAAUAUAAAAGUUCGGAGGAAUACACAUGGGAGAGCUAAUCCCAAGGCAACCUCCGGCCUAAGACGUUGCCCGUCCUAGUCGGGUCGUCAAAGGUAAAAUAUGCAUACCCCCAUGGUGACGGUAACGAUCCAAAACUGCCAUGGAAACGAUGAAUAAUAAUAGUUCCAAUCCAGUAUAAUAACCACA